AAAUCAAGCAUUUUUUUUUUUUUCAACUGAUAUACUCUAAAUGACCAGACUCAAAAGAUGUACUAUUACACAAAUUUUACGCCAUGAAUUUUAAUGUACCUCAUUCCAGCAAUUUCAUAAGAUUUUCCUCUGCAGCAAAGGAUUUUGAUACCUUACAAACCUAGAAGAUUCUCUGCUUCUUGCACAUGGCUGAUUUAAACGGUUAUAACAUUCGAUGCCUUUCUUAUAAGUUACCGAGUGAUUUACCCGAUUGGGAGUAAGGGUGAAAAUGAAAAGAUUAAUUUAUCACGUCUGCUAGAACAAAAGUUGUUGUAGAUUUCAAUAUUAGUUGCGGCAAAUUAACGUAGCAAGACUCGAAAAGUAAAUCUUAAGUAUCAAAACUUUUACGUAAGCUGUAUGUAACUGAGCUAUUGGUAUAUGAUUGCAAAACUUUUAGUUGUUUGAAGAAUAGUAACUUUUCCUGGGCAAUGAAGAAAAUUGACUUUUGAUGUUUGGAAAAAGUAUACGCAGCGCAAUUCUACCAAAUCCGUAGUGCUAUGAGACAAAAAAAACAAAAGAAAAUAACCAUAAAAUAAAAUAUCAGCACAUUUAAAGAAUAAGGUUUUGAAAUAAAAAAACAAAUAAUGCAGCAGUUUAUAAUAGAUAAUAACGACGACAUUCAUACAACUGAAAGGAAUUAAACUUGUUUCAUGGUGUGCCCAAACAGUAAAACAAAAUGUUGUCUACUGCUACCAGAUGUAAAAAGGAAUAAACAUGUUUCCAGUCAAAGAAAAUAUUAAUCUUUUUUUUGAUAGAUAAUAAUGAAAGCAAAAUAUCAGACUACUUAUGCUCACCGAGUGUAAAUGUGAUAUGUAAUACUGAGAUGAACCCAAAACACAAUACAGUUCCACAAUCAAAUCCCUCAUCCUUUCCGGAAAAAAAUUGAAGGCUUAGUUUCCAGCACGCCAAACCAUUCUUUCAAAUUUAAGGAAAAUGGAGUAAAAAUAUUUAAUCCCACACACCCGUAUCAUGCAAAUAAAAUAAACGAAUACGAUUUUAAUGAUUUUGCAAAGACUGAAAGUGAUGAAGCAUGCAGAAAGGCUUAACUACUCACGGAAAAAAUUCAAACAACAAUAGCGCGAAAGCUACUGGAAACCUUACGGAAAAUCUGAAAUUCAAAAGACCAGAAAUGGCACAAGAAAAUGGGGGGAAGUAUUCGAGAAGAAGAUUUCAGAUAAUCAGGUUUUCGUAUUUGGCAAUACGUUAAGAAACGCGCUUCUGUCAAGUCCAUUAUGGAAUGAUACCAAAUGCAAAAUAUAUGAAGAAAUUAGCAAAGAAAAAGAAAGUACUGGCGCAUUAAAGGAAGAAGGAAAUGAAAUCCAAAAUAGUAUGAUACAAUUCAUCACUGAUGACAUGGAUGCAACUUCUAUUUGUGAAAAAAAUAGCACUGGUUUUACGUUUGUGCAAAUUUCAAACGAAACUUCCAGCCCUUCAUUGCUAGUAGAUAGUAAUAACACAAGUAAAAUUGUUCAAAGUCAGGAGAAUAUUUCAUUUAGCGAAAAUAACGAGACCAAUAUACAAAAUUUUCCAUCUUCACCUACCGUAAACAUGGUUAGCACAUGUAGAAAACCCAAUCAUUCUAUAUCGAUUCCUAAAUCUAUUGAGGCAAAAAUUGAAGAGUUUGUUUUUAGCCUACCAAAAAAUGCUUUCAAAUUUAGCAAAAAUAUUACUGAAAAAUCCAAUUCAAUAUGUUCAUAUAAUGCUGAUAAAAGCAGCGAAUGUACUCUGAAUUAUUCAUUAAAAAACUUUCAUACUCCGUGGAAGCAAACAAUUUCUAAUGUUCAUGACGUAAAUUCAAACGAUGCCAGCGCAAAAAAUUCUGCAAUUCUUUCCGGAAAUUUGACUUUGAAAAGACAUGAAAUAUCAGAGAAAAAAAAGGACUCAUUUGAAACAAACAUUUCAGAAAAUCAAAGCUCGCUGCAAGUAAAUGCGCUGCGACAACGUAGAGUACUAGAAAAUGCUGCCGAAAACAAAUCUCAAAGUAUUUGCAUGAAAAGAAACAAACAUGAAUAUAAUUUAUGUAAAGAAAAGAAUAACGAACGUUCUCAUUUACACAUACAAACCGAAAAAACGAGUUUCAGGCACAUCACUUGAGUGGUGUAUUAGUGAUAAGGAACAUAAAUUUAAUACCAGUAAUCAAAAUUUACAAUCAUGUACAAAACAUAAACCAUGUAUUCAUCCAGACACAAUUUCACCAACUUUCAAUUUUUUCAAACGUUCUAACGGGAGGAUGUCUGGUAGUUUUAAUGAUAAAAUAAAAAGGGCUGAAAAGCUUCAAUGUCCUGAGGCUAUUUCAGCGUUUUCGUUAAAUACAGCAUCAAAUAAAACUUCUUUACCAGAUGUAGAUGUCAAUAGAGCAAAUUCCGGAAUUAGAGACUUUGAAAAAGAAGAUAGCAGAAUAGGAAGUAAGGAAAAAAGAUUACUUUCACACAGUGAUACAGAGCAAAGUGGGGACAAGCAAAUAAUUCAAGGGUACGAGCACCCAGCUUUCUCAUUCUCUUCAGAAAAUGAUAAUAAUGGGAGCAAGUUUUAUGUUGGCAAGACUAGCAGCUACGUAAAAAGUUCAGUAAAUAAUAAUAUUUGGAGCAAGUUUUAUGACGGUGAGACCCACAAUUACUCAAAAAGUUCGGUAAAUAAUAACAGUAGGAGCACGUUUUAUGGUGGCAAAGCCUGCAAUUACGUAGGAAGUUCAAUUAAUAACUUUUGUAAUGCUUACAGUAAGACCAGACGUAGAAUAAGUUUCUCAGACAGUACAGAAGACGAAAUCAACGACAAAGAUACUUGUUGUCUGAACAGGAUAAAGUCACCAAGAGAAACCUUACUACGAACAGGCUAUUUUCUUAACGUAAGGAAAACAAAACAUUUUUAUCUGCCUACCAAGACUGAAAAUGCGCACACCGUAGAUAAGCUUCAGCAACAUCAUAAUCCGUCAUCUAAGACUCGGGAAUCGAAUGAAAGCUGGUUCAAGAAGGACUCUGAUCACCGCAGCUUGGCAGAAUACAUUUAUAUUGAAAAACCUAAACAAAGGAAAAGAAAAGCAACUUUGCAAAUGAAACAAAUCUCUUCAGAAAACGAAAGCGAAGAAUUUGGUAGAGAAUAUAGUUACAUAAACAAUCAAAAUAUGCGAAGGAAGCAAGACGGGGUUUCGGCAAAAAUAAAGGAAAGAUUAUUCAUUGAAACUGACUCGCAAAACGGCGGCAAAAGUAACAGAUUGACUUUUUCAAUUAAAAACUGUCCAACACAUAUAUCGAUAACAGGCAAUGGAAAUUUGAGACUUGAAAGCGAAAGUCCAGAAAAUGAAAAGAUAUACUGGAUUAGAAAUUCUGGCUCGUCUUUGAAUGAAGAAGACAUUUUGAGUUCAUCUCCUCCAGCAGGAUCUAGCGAUGAUGAAAACUUUCAUUUCCACGGAAGUACAGACACGUCGUCAGACGGUGAAUUUUCGUCAGAAUACAACUCUAAACAAAGAAAUCCAGAAAGAAGGAUUUCAACUAGCCCUUCCUCUUGCAUCUCCGAAACACAUCAGAUACAUUCUGAAUCAGAUAUCUCUGUUGCUAAUGAUGAUGAAAAAACAGAAAACAGUACUGCUGUCUGGAAAACUAGCCUUGAUGAUACAAGAGACAAUUUUCGGGAGUUCGCUGGCAACGUCGAGCAAGAUGAAAAUGGUGCUGAUGAUUAUUUAAUUACAGCCGAGAACAUCAUUCAAAAUCAUGUGAAUUUAGAAAAUUCAAAAUCUAAGAUUUACCACUUAAAGUAUGGGAAUAUAAAUUUAAGAUUUUAUGACACUCCGAGAAAUCACGUUACACUACGUUUAAUUAGUGAAAAUGAGUGCCCACAAACUGAUUGGCAUUCCAAGGAAAAAAGAAAUUCUGAACAUUAUUUAGCGAUAAAAGAACUGAAACCAACGAGUUUUGACAAAGAAGAGUCGUAUUCAGCUUUUGGCUCUGAUGUUGAUUCAUCGAUAGACGAAGCAUCUGCCAGCGAUGCAAGUCCAGCGUUCAAAAAGAGCGAAGAUUUGGAAGAAGCAGCAUCAUCCCAUAUUGGGAAGAAUAAGACAACAGACACUGAGACAAUCAAGUUUGAUUUCAUACCAGAUAAAGGCAUUUCCGAAAUAAAAUUCCGUCGUAUGCCUGCAGUAACUUAUUUGCAGUAUAAAUCAGAAAAAACUAAACUUUAUUUUAAGAAAAAGUAUUCCUAAUUAUUGUUAACUAAAAGUUUUAAGGAUUAAA